AUGGCGCGCGUGUUCCUCAAGUUCGACGCGAACGGCGACGGGCGGAUCUCGCGGUCGGAGCUGGCGGCGCUGUUCGAGAGCCUGGGCCACGCGGCCUCCGACGACGAGGUGGCGCGGAUGAUGGCCGAGGCGGACGCGGACGGCGACGGCUUCAUCAGCCUGGACGAGUUCGCGGUGCUGAACGCGACGGUGGCCGGCGACGCCGCCGCCGUCGAGGAGGACCUCCGCCACGCGUUCCGCGCCUUCGACGCCGACGGCAACGGCACCAUCUCCGCGGCCGAGCUCGCGCGCGUCCUCAGGGGCCUCGGCGAGUCCGCCUCCGUCGCGCAGUGCCGCCGCAUGAUCGAGGGCGGAGACCAGAACGGCGACGGCCUCAUCUCGUCUUCGAGAAAGCUCCGAUUUAAUCCUUCCUAA